AUGGUGUCGAUGAGGGUGGGGGCUGUCGAAGUCCAGACUGUUCGUACUGCCGAGUACCUUGGGGGUAUAGUGGACAGCAAGCUUAGCUGGCGGGAUAGAUUUUCCAAGGCCGAGAAUCAUGCAGAACUGAAACGAAAAAAGUCAAUGGAAAAUGAGAAUGACUAUGAAUACUCCAAAGACGAAUUCAUGAGCUUCCCAGACGUGUAUAGACCUUUCCUGAAAAGAAAGCCUGAGUUUACGGAAGCUGAUAUGAGGGGAGAAAUUGUCACUUUGUUCGCAACGGGUACUGAUACGGUAGUCAACCAAGCAUCCUACUUUCUCAUGGCCAUGGGACAAUACCCUGAAUACCAGGACAAGCUGUAUGAAGAGAUCACCUCAGUUGUUGGUCCUGAUGAUGACGUCAGCACAGAUCAUAUCCGUCAGAUGACCUACCUUGACCAAUGCUUCCAGGAGACUCUUCGUAGUUUCACCCUUGUCCCCUUAACCAUAAGGAAAACCUCCGAAGAAAUCAAACUGAGUGAUUGCACCGUUCCAGCCAAUCAAAACAUAGUUUUGUCACUCUACGGGGUACACAUGAACCCCAAGAUAUUCCCUAACCCUGAACGGUUCGACCCUGAACGAUACUCACCAGAAAACGUCGCAUCAAGAGGCAAACAUGUCAACGUAGCCUUCAGCGGAGGACCAAGGGACUGCAUAGGAAAGCAGUACGCAUCGCUUCUCGUCAAAGUCUUGGUGGUGCAAAUUCUGAGAAAAUACAAAGUAACGCCUGUAGUGGAUGUACACAAAUUGAGGGUGAUGCUGACCAUUGUUAUAACCAGCAUGGAGGGAUACUUCGUGGAGCUGACACCUCGUCAUUAA